AUGGACGACGGAACUCUUCCCAAGUUCGGGACAAGCAUCCACGUAACAGCCCUCGACGGAGUCAUAAACGUGAACUCACUGUUCACGUUAGCAGUCUUCAUCGGCCUAGCUUGGAACCCAGCAGACCAUAACAACAGCCUCGUCGACCUUAACACCGACCCGAAUUGCGUUGCCGGGUCGAAAGUUGCCGAGGACCUUGUCGCCUUUCACGUCUACUCUUUCAGCUCCUUCCUCUUUUCCAGCCUCGUUGCUUUGGCUCUCAAACAGGCCAUUAGACUCGCCAAAUUGGACCAUUACCGCCAUGUCUUCUCGCUCGACCUUGCUCAUGUCAACAAGAACGUGCUUCGGGUCGGGUACUUGAUUUCUGCGGCUGGUUCCGUUAGUGGGUGUGUGUUCUUGAUGCUGGCAUUGGUGAAUGUGGUGCAGAUCAAGCUUGGGACGUUGGCUUGUGGCAGUCCACAUAGCUAUGGUGCUAUUGUUCCUCUUGUGAUUUUGGUGCCAAUUGCUAUAAAGUCCAUGGUGUUCCAAGUUCUCAAGCAUUGCAGUGAAGAGAUGGAAGCAGCAAUGAGGUACAUUUGCAUGCUCUGUUUUCUUGUGGUUCUUAGCAUUGCAGGGUUCAGUGGGGUAGAUGGAGCUGGUGAAUGUGGAAAGUCUUCUCCAGAUAUGGAAGCUCUGAAGCUGGCUCCUUGUGCAUCUGCAGCGCAAGAUGAGAAUGCUGCGGUGCCCAACAGUUGCUGCGUUCAGGUGAAAAAAAUGGGACAGAAACCAAGCUGCCUGUGUGCAGUUUUGCUUUCUAAUACCGCUAAAAGUUCUGGAGUAAAGCCAGAAGUUGCCAUCACUAUUCCCAAACGUUGCAACAUUGCCGAUCGCCCUGUGGGUUACAAGUGUGGAGCUUAUACAUUGCCUUGA